AUGCCCUGUUUCUUCUACUAUGAAGAAAUUUUCUCAUCCUUGGAAAGACGGCUCACCCAUGAAGACCAGGGUGAACGAUAUAUUGGCCAGUUUUUUAUGCUGAAUGAGGGUUUUACUCUUUUCCCUUUCUUUGAAAUAGGAGGGAACUCUGAAUCGAAAGGGAGUGGAGACUUACUAGAAGGGGAAGAGCAUAAAGUUGUGGGGACAUGCUGUGUCAAUAAGUGGGUCGGUUAUUUGUCGAAAUAUAGUUCGGACGAAUUCGAAGCAGGGGACUACAAAUGGAUAUUGUCUAUCUACCCAAAUGGUGAUGAGACGAGAGAUGGUCGAGACCAUAUUUCUGCCUCUUUGGCAUUGGCGGAUACAAGUACUCUGCCUAAUGGUUUUGAGAUCAAUGCCAUUUUCAAUAUUUUCGUAUACAAUCAGGUUAAGGACAAGUACUUUAGUAUCCCAGAAGGUAAGGUUUCCCGUUUCCGGGCAACAAAAACUGAAUGUGGCAUAGGCAGAUUUAUCACCAAGGAAGCUUUUACUGAUCCUUCAAAUGGAUACCUUAUCGACGACACCUGCUUGUCAGUGAUAAAAGAAGUUACCAACAAGCACACUUGGAAGAUUUCAUCUUUUUCAAGUUUAACCAAUGAAUAUUAUGAAUCACUGUCAUUCGUUGUUGGAGAUUACAAAUGGAGGAUUCGACUAUACCCUCGUGGAAUUGGUAUAAGCGAAGACAAUAGUGUUUCAGUAUUCAUGGCUUUGGAUGAUUCAACGCUUCCUCCUGAUACCAAAUUGUUUGUGAGAUACAUUCUGCGCAUAAUGAAUCAAAUUAAUGAAAAGCAUUACUCAGUACGAGCUGAUCAUCAAUUUAGUCGACGUACCUUUGUCAAUGACUUUGGGGUUUUCCGAAGGAUAUCUCAUUGGCUAAACUAA